AAGGGUUUCGCUGUAUUUCAAAAAAAAAAAAAAAAACUUUUGAUUUUUUGAUGUGUUCAAACAACAAGUGUUGAUAGAUAUAGGUAUAAUCUCUCACUUUCAUGUUUAAGCAUUUAUUACCAUGUAACCACAUUUCUUUCUUUCUUCUGCCUUCUUUACCCCACACUUUCAAUACAUUUUCAGAUGUACUUAACUAUAUUUGGAUUGAAUUUUCUCACAGACCUAAAAAAAAUGAUGUACACUCAAAAGAUGGUGCUAUUCGCAAGGUACCUUAUUCUAAGGAACCUCGGAACCAUGUUCAAGUUUGGGUGGAUAUUAUAAAAACUAACGGGAAAAUAAAGGGAUUUUUUACCCCACAUCUUGUAACAUUGGUAAUAUCCAAUAAAAUUAGACCAUGAUGAAUAGUCAUUGUGUUAAAAUAGAUGUUAUUUAUACAUCAUUUGUGUGUAAAGUUUUGUUUACU